AUGGAAACAGGAAGCUCGCAGCUAUUACCAGGAUUUCCUGAAUGUAAAAGUAAAGAAGUCCUUGUGUUUUAUUUAUGCUACACACUAGCCAAAAUUAUCAGCAUCGCUAUUAUACUAAUUUUGCUUCCCUCAGACUGUGGAGAAACAAUAGAUUUAUUCUUAAUUAUAUACUCCAUUAUCGAAGCUAUUGAAUUUAUAUUUUUAUGUUCCUUACUUAUCCGCAAAUGUUUCCGCCAUGCUGGCCGCUUAUCUCCUUACUUCGUGCGUUCUAUACAGCUCAGUUAUGAAAGGUAAAAUUUAUAUAGCUUCAGAUUUAUUAUGGUCAUCGCUUUGUCUGCAGGCUUAACAGGCAAUUCAAGCUGUUGGGAUAAACCAACAGGAAUUUUGGGGACAAUUUUGAUAAAUAUAUACCUCUUUAAAUUGUAAUUGGAAAUUAUAGAAAAAAAAUUUGACAGAAAAUUAAAUUUAAUAUUAAAUGAUAUAGGCUACAUAAAAGUCCUUGCUGGGCUGAUCUAUACAGCCAUGUAUUUCAAGGAAUUAAGAAAUCUAAUGUCAAAUCCAGCCCCACCUACUUAUGUUGUAACUUUUUAUUUAGCUAACUGCUGAACAGUUAGAAACCUAUAUGAAAAUCCCUCAAAAAGAAGGCUUAUGUUCUAUUUGUUUAGAUGAGAUUAAAGCUGACGUAAAAUGCAUAGUGCUCCCAUGCGAACAUAAUUUUCACGUAAAAUGCUUAAAAGAUUGGGUUUCAGUAAAAGGGAUAUGUCCUAUGUGUAGGAUGCGAUUAAAUUAA